ACGUGUCCCAUGCGUGUUGUGGUAAACAAAAUCUGAGAUGCGUGUACAUGCGUAGAAGUGGUAAUGGAGGAUAGUGAUCUACUCACAGGGGGCUUAGUUAGCAAGCUGUCUUCUUUCUCUUCUGUCCAGAGCUGCCGUUAGUAUUGAUUGUGACUUCUCUACAACGCGGGGGACAACUUCUGAAUCAACCGAGAGGAGGUGGCACUGCCACUGAGUUUUGGGAUGGCAUCAGACGUGGUUUCCCAAAACCAUGGUUCCAAGGGAAUCAUGACUUUUUACCCCACUGCUGAGGAGUUCAAGAACUUCAGUCGCUACAUUGCAUAUAUGGAGUCCCAGGGAGCACAUAAAGCAGGCCUGGCUAAAAUUGUCCCACCAAAGGAAUGGAAGCCUAGAGGAUCUUAUGAUGAUAUAGACGAUUUGGUGAUACCUGCACCCAUCCAGCAGGUGGUGACUGGCCAGUCUGGCCUUUUUACACAGUACAACAUUCAGAAGAAGUCCAUGACCGUCAGAGAGUUCCGCAAGGUUUCCAACAGUGACAAAUUCUGUAGUCCACAUUACGAUGACUUUGAGGAGCUGGAAAGGAAGUACUGGAAGAAUGUGACAUUUAACCCCCCCAUAUAUGGAGCAGAUGUUAAUGGAACCCUGUAUGACCCUGAAGUCAAAGAGUGGAACAUUUGCCAUCUGGACACCAUUUUGGAUACCGUUGAACAUGAAAGCGGCAUAACUAUUGAAGGUGUAAAUACACCCUACUUGUAUUUUGGCAUGUGGAAGACCACCUUUGCAUGGCACACUGAGGACAUGGACCUCUACAGUAUCAACUACUUGCACUUUGGAGAGCCCAAAUCAUGGUACUGCGUUCCUCCAGAGCAUGGGAAAAGAUUGGAGCGUCUGGCUAAAGGGUUUUUCCCUGGUAGUGCCCAAAAUUGUGAGGCCUUUUUGAGGCACAAGAUGACUCUCAUCUCUCCCUCUAUCCUUAAGAAAUACGGCAUUCCAUUUGAAAAGAUUACUCAGGAGGCUGGUGAGUUCAUGGUAACUUUCCCCUACGCCUAUCAUGCUGGUUUCAACCACGGCUUUAACUGUGCCGAGUCCACUAACUUUGCCACAGAGAGAUGGAUCGAAUACGGCAAGCAAGCAGUUUUGUGCUCAUGCCGUAAGGACAUGGUGAAGAUUUCAAUGGACGUAUUUGUGAAGAAAUUCCAGCCGGAUCGCUAUGAACAGUGGCUCUCAGGGCGAGAUAUGGUACCCAUUGACCACUCACGGCCCACCCCAGAGGCAAAGGAGUUCCUGGGGGACUCUUUCAAUGACAUCACCAGCAACAGUAACAGUUCCUCCGUGGAGAGCUGUGGGGAGGACGGAGAGCGAAAGAGUACUACGCAGAGGAUAGAGACCAAGAGACACAGGGUGUGCUUGGAGGUGCCUGAGGAGGUUGUUCUUAAGGAUGAGGAUGAGGAAGACGAGGAGCAGUAUGGGAAGCGCCCCAGGCUAAGCCUUAUACCGCCACGUAUUACGUCACAAGAUGGCAGGAGAAAUAAAGGCCCACCAAAAUUGGUUGUUACGCCGACCAAGCUCACUUUAAUGGACCCUUUUCACAGGGGCUUGACCCAAAGUAACAGUGAUGGAGGCCGCCCCCCACAUUAUACCAAGACUCGUGCACCUGCGAUCUCGUCUCAGUCCCAGGCCAGAAAUGGACAUCUAUCGGUUUCAGUGGCACCUACAUGGACCGAAGCCACAGCUCAGCCUGCCCGCAAAAUGGGGGUAGCCAGCCUGCUCUUCCACAGGACACUGAGUCCAAAAGACACUCUUCAGGUGCACAGCUACACUCUAGAAAAGCAGCGGCAACCUCACACACAGCUCCAGGUGCACAGCUAUGCCAGAGAGCAUCAACCCCGUCAUCUCCAGCACAAAACCUAUACACCGUCUCACACAGAGGUUCAGUCUUCAUCUCAGGCACCAAGCUGUGAAAGAACAGAGCCACAGCCAGAAUCUAAAAUACUUCCUACCAAAGUAGCACCAUAUGAAUCAGAAGUACAGAGUCCUGUGGAGCAGGACCAAGAGAAGGACAAACCUGAGAUGUCAACAUCCGUUGAGGCUCAGGCUGAAGUUGAGAAGCCUGAAGUUGAGCCCACCAGCAAGUCUGCUUCCUUCCAGAAUAAACCACAACCUAAAGAGCUGAGCAAUAUAGAGAUAGAAGCUCCCAAGAACAACAAGCGAAAGAGUAACCAAUGCCCCCUUGCGGAUAGUGGCAUUGUCAUCCUGAAAGACACCAUUCCUGUCAAGAAACCAAAUCACAAUGAGGUGAAGGUGAUCGCUCAGAAACAUCACCCGGUAUCAGAAGAGCAGUCAUACUGUAAGUCAGUGGUGAAGAAGCAGCAGCAGCAGCAGCAGCAGCAGCAGCAGGAACAGCUCCGUAAGCUACCUCGCCACCACCCUCUAAUCAGAGAGGUGCACAGUGACGAUGAUGUAUAUGUAGAUGUGGAGGUCGAACAAGAGGAGAAAGAAGAGUGGGCGAAGCCGCUAACCCAGCUGUGGCAGUGUCGGCCAUAUAACCCUCAGGCAGAGAGGGAGUACAACAAGAACAUGGGCCAGCAGGCCCCCUACUGCUCCAUCUGCCUGAUCUUCCAUACUUACCAUCAAUCCGAGUCCAGUAGUGGGACUUCCAGCGUGACGGUGGUGAACUCUCCUGGGGGCCGCCAGUGGUCCAAACCACUCAUCCCUGAAAUGUGUUUCAACACCCAAACCAGCAAGAUAAAUGAUAGCGGGGAGGGACAGCUGUCCAACCCUCAUGUAGCAGAGGAUGGGACCAGCCGGCUAGUCAGUUGUGCUCAGUGCUGUGUCCGAGUACACACCAGUUGCUAUGGGGUGUCUGGUGAUGAAGCGGAGCUAGACGACUGGCUGUGUGCCCGCUGUGAGGCUGAUGCUAUCACCGAGGACUGCUGUCUGUGUUCCCUUAGAGGUGGUGCUCUGCAGAGAGCCAACAAUGACAAGUGGGUUCAUGUGCUGUGUGCCAUCACCGUGCUGGAAGCUUGCUUUGUCAACAUCACUGAGCGGAGCCCCAUCGACCUCUCUGCCAUACCACUGCCACGGUUCAGACUGAAGUGCGUGUACUGCAGGAAACGGAUGAAGAGGGAAGUGACGGGCUGCUGUGUCCAGUGCUCCCACGGGCGAUGCUCCACGGCAUUUCACCCCACCUGCGCUCAGGCAGCUGGUAUCCUCAUGCACCCAGAUGAUUGGCCGUUUGUAGUCUUCAUCACCUGCCACAGACACAGAACCCCCAUCAUACCUGAGCGCAACAAGGCGUCCAUGCAGGAAUUGUCAGUGGGGCAGAGGGUGAUCUGUAAAUACAAAAACGGCCGUUACUACCACAGUGAGGUGGUAGAACUGACCACAGCCACCUUCUAUGAGGUGGUCUUCGAUGACGGGUCCUACAGCGACAACCUUUUCCCUGAGGACAUCGAGAACCGUGACUGCGUCCGUCUUGGCCCACCCGCCGAAGGUGAUGCCGUUCAAGUGAGGUGGACAGAUGGGUUGAUAUAUGGAGCCAAAUUUGUAGCAUCACACUCCAUCCCCAUGUACCUGGUGGAGUUUGAGGAUGGAUCACAAAUCACUGUCAAGCGAGAAGACAUCUACACUCUAGAUGAGGAUCUGCCCAAACGAGUCAAGUCACGAAUGUCCGUGGCGUCAGACAUGCGUUUUGAGCUCUUCGCACAGAACGAUGUCAAACAGAACUCCAAAAGGCAGCGGGUCAUCAACUCUCGAUACAGAGAGGACUACAUCGAGCCCGUCAUUUACCGAGCUAUCAUGGAGUAACGUCCAUUUCUUUCUCCUCCUGUUCUCCACCACUCCUUCCCCACUUCAUCAACUCACCGCAGAGAGCUCCAAGUCUUCUUAGUUUCUGGUUAUUGCUGAUAGGAACGACCACCCUAUCAUUCUCCUCCUCCUCCUCUUUUUUCUCUUCUUCCAUGGCCUGUCGGGCUACAUAUUUAUGAACUACGGCUGGGACUUUAAAUGACUUGUGUGCAUUGAAUAAAUAUUCUCAGAACUCCCUUUGCCAUCGCACUCUGUAGAUUAUGUUUUCUUCUUCCAUUUCAUUUUGUUUUUUCUUUUUCUCAGGAAGAAGCCAUCAAUGAAUAAUUAAAUAUGGAAAAGGUUGGACUAUCUAA